AUGUCAGGCACAUCUGCACGCGUCUCUAUUGCAGGGAUACCGCCAAAGGACGACACGAUUAAGGGAUCCCAACUCCCACUAGUAUUUCUGACCGACCUAGAAGAAGAUCAAAAGAACCAGUUAAUCCAGCACCUGCAAGAUAGCGCAGGAAAGACUGGCCAGUCCCUCACUCUCCAUGCCUGGCACCCAUCGCCCGAGACUCUCCAGUCCAUCGCGAAACCAGGUCCUCGUCUGGACAGCCAAGCGAAUAUCCAUGCUGCGGCUAUCCUGGCCGCCCGCGCAGGCUAUACCGGCCUUCUCGUCGCAGACGAGCUCACCAAGCGCCAGCUUACGGGUUCUCUGCGAGUAGGCGAGUACCCGACAAUCUCCGUCGUGAUGGUCUCCAUCAGGUCAGUACCAACAUCAGAGUCAGUGUCAGAACCAGGAACUGCGGGAGACCAAAUCUCGAUCCUCGCCAAACGCACCGCCGGCCCGACCUGGCCGAGAGGCGAAAAUGAGCACGAGAUUGUCUACGAGGACUUUAUGGGGGAGAUGGAGAGUUUUGAACUCGUGCCGCUUCAUAGAAAGGAGAGUCCGUUUGCCGAUUGCGGGUUGGCCCUGCAUGAUCCUGACCAGAGGCCUUUUAUUCCGGAUUCCACCGCGGUUAUGAGCUGGGAGAAGGAUCCAGUAGCUCAGGGUUUGACUAUUGAGCUUCCGGGAAGUGUGAAGCUUCUAGGAAAUGAUCAUCUGAAUGUCUUUCUCCUCUUCCGCGCUACGCCUGAGGAACAGCAAAGGACGGAAUCGGCUCUUCAGGAGGCGUUCGAGACUGCACAGAGAACCCUCCACAAAGAUAAUCAGGAAAAGAAGAGCCAGGGGUCGACAAAACAAAUCCAAGUCCACGCAAUCCCAUGGGAACACCACCACAACACGGGAACGCGCCGCCAACUCCUCGCCCUCUGGAACGCAUACCAGUCCCUCGUCCCACUCGACGAUGUCGUCCGAGAUAUCUUCCUCCUCGACGCACCGAUCCACGACCCAACGACUGUAAAGCUAAAAGUCGUCAGCUCGAGCAUCUACGGCGGCACCUACAUCGCCCACCUGACACCCUCCCACAUCCUCCCCCUCUGGAACACCAGCUGGUCAGGCAAUUGGUCCCGUCCCGAGCACGAGACGCCCGAUACGGAACUCCUCUACCCACCAGACGGCCCCUUCUAUGUAUCAACACUCAACACCGCCCUGGCAGCCGACAACGUGUUCAACAGGGCUAUUCGCGCCGAACUCUUCAAAUUCGACCCGGACUUCGACUGGGAAGGGAGUCCGCCCAAAACGGCCUGCUUCGUGCCCUGGACACCACCCGAGGAUGAUCCAAUCCGCGACGGGACCGUCGAAGACAUGUGGGACGUCUUCUGGGAACUAUACACAUACAAGCGCGGCCGCUCCGUCCCCUACGGAACAAGCACACCGACAUUCUUCAUUGACCAACCAUCAGCCAUUGACAAGACCGUUGUUGCCGUGUACGCGGACUACAUGUUUCGGUAUAAAGACGAGGAGCUUGCGAGGGAGGUGCUUGGGGAUGUGGAGCUGCCGAAGGUGAAGGGGAUCGUCUAUAAUCGGGUUCCGGCGUCGCAGGCGCAUAGUUUGUUUAUGAAUGUGAGCGUUGCGAAUAUGGGGUUUGAUGAGUUUGGGGACAGAAAGACGCUGGGGUUUUUCCCGAGGCCGGGGUGGCCGGGGCAUGGGGUUUUAAUUGAUGCGGAUGAGGGGGCGUAG